CGAAACCCUAGUGUCAAGUGAGCCACGCAGCAGGAGCAGGUCAUCUUCUUCGUGAAAGAUCCGCACUCAGAAGGAUUUACGCAAAAUGACUUUCAAGCGAAGGAACGGAGGACGCAACAAGCACGGCCGUGGUCACGUCAAGUUUAUUCGCUGCUCUAACUGUGGAAAAUGCUGUCCUAAGGACAAGGCUAUUAAAAGAUUUCUUGUGAGGAACAUAGUGGAGCAAGCUGCUGUAAGGGAUGUUCAAGAAGCUUGUGCUUUUGAUCAGUACACCCUUCCCAAGUUGUAUGUGAAAAUGCAAUACUGUGUUUCCUGUGCAAUUCACUCGAAAGUUGUUAGGGUUCGCUCACGAACUGAUAGGAGGAACCGUGAGCCCCCGAAGCGAUUCACUCGCCCAAGGGAUGAUUUGCCCAAGCCAGGUCAAGCACCCCGUGCAGGUGGUCCAGGUGGUCCUCCCCCUGCUCGUACUUAAGUUACCGUCUGAUGAAUGAAUGUACCAUGAGGUCAAUUUUGAAUUAUCAUGCUUUUAAAUACCGAGAUUAUGAAUUUAGAUUUUGUAUUAGAUUCUUGUUGUUCCGGGAAAAUCGGUGAUAUUUAUAACUUCAUUUGGGUAUGCCGGGUUGAUUUACUCGGUAGCAUCUGAUUCUGUUGCUGACUGGAGUUCAUUUGAUAUGAGCUAUUUCAUCCCCAGCAGUUAAUACAGAUAGAUCCUAAUAAACCGACAUCCUUUCUUAUC